UAUACUCGUCUGCACUAGAUCACUCUUUUUGCACUCACCUCCGAAUCUUUUAUUCCUUUUCGUCUUCUUCCAUUUUCUUCUAAAACCCUUGUCUUUCUCAUUGUGAUCUCAUAAAAAUGGCGAUGUUCUUCAGAAGACUAGCUAAAUCAGCUCCCAUCACAUUUUCCAAUGCAUUUAGGGGCUCACAAAGUUCCAGUUUUGGAGUAAUUGCGGCAACAUUUUCUGGUGGAGUUCUUUAUUACUUUACUUCUUCACCUAAUUUGGCUCAUCUGGAUUCAAUCAAUGAAGAAUCACAGAAGAAAGUUGCAUUGAAGUCAGACAAGUGGCUUGAGUUUAAACUCCAUGAGACUGCGAAUGUCAGCCAUAAUACUAAGCUCUACAGGUUCUCGUUUGAUUCUGAUGCCGAGUUGGGUCUUGACAUUGCUUCUUGCAUCCUCACAAGAGCUCCCACAGGACAAAAUGAUGAAGGGAAAACGAAAUAUGUCGUUCGACCGUAUACUCCCAUUUCUGAUCCAGAUGCUAAAGGGUACUUUGAUCUAAUGAUCAAGCUAUAUCCAGAAGGUAAAAUGAGCCAGCAUUUUGCAAAACUCAAACCAGGGGAUGUUGUGGAAGUCAAAGGUCCCAUUGAAAAGCUCAGGUAUACCCCUAAUAUGAAGAAACACAUUGGCAUGAUUGCUGGUGGAAGUGGUAUUACUCCAAUGCUUCAGAUAGUUGAGGCUAUAUUGAAGAAUCCAGAUGAUAAAACCCAGGUUUCACUGGUCUACGCAAAUGUCUCCCCUGAUGAUAUUUUACUGAAGCAAAAGCUCGACAUACUUGCCACUAGCCACCCUAAUUUUAAGGUAUUCUACACCGUUGACAAUCCAUCAAAGGACUGGAGAGGAGGAGUAGGCUAUGUCUCAAAGGAUGUGGUCUCAAAAGGCUUACCUGGUCCUGGAGACGAUUCUCUCAUCUUGGUAUGUGGUCCGCCUGGUAUGAUGCAACACAUAUCCGGUGGCAAGGCUAAAGACUAUUCACAAGGAGAGCUAAGUGGAGUACUCAAGGAACUUGGAUAUACUGAAGAAAUGGUCUACAAAUUUUGAGGGAUCUAACCAAUUUACAGAACUUGAAAAAGAAUUUGGAUAAUACAAUAGCAUCUUGUAGCUUGAAGAGCACAUCUGUGCUGUUCAGUUAGAAAUAAUUUGCUCAGUGGAUACUUGGUGCUGUACUUUUAUGGGUUUCAAUCCCUUGGAGAAGUCGACACCAGUUGUUUCUGUGCAUUUGGCUCACUGGAGAAACAUUUUUAGGGCAUUUUUGAAGCUCUAUUGUUCGAAUAUUGAAAUGAGAUGAGUAUAAGCUCAUUUUAUAAUUUUUUUACUAAGUGCAUGAUUAAAGAUAA